AUGAAGUCCCCUAUUCCCGAUUAUCUCAAAGCCGUGCUUGACAAUGCACGCUCAAUCGACGGUGGCGCACCCGCCAGCUACAUUGAGACGCUUGCCAACGCCGACACCUCCAAGAUGGCCGUGGCACUGGCCAUGGUCGACGGCAAUGUCUACUCGGUGGGAGACGACCAAGUCGAAUUCUCCAUGCAAUCCAUCUCCAAAGCAUUCGUGUACGCCAUGGCUAUUGAGGAUUUAGGAUUACCCAAGGUUCUGGAAAAGAUUGGUGUUGAGCCGUCAGGAGAUGCCUUCAACCAUCUGUCGCUUGAACGUGGCACGAAUCGUCCAGUAAAUCCCAUGAUCAAUGCCGGGGCCAUUACAGCUCAUUCUCUCGUUUGGGGCAAUUCAUUAGAGGAAAGGACAGAGCGCAUAUUGAGGGGGCUGUCUCAGCUUGCCGGUCGACGCUUGCAUGUUGACGAGCAGGUGUACGAGGCUGAGCUCAAAAACGCCGACCGCAACAUGGCUAUUGGAUACAUGCUCAAGGCGGCUGGCGUCAUAACUUGCGAUCCUCGGGAUAUUGUCAAGGGUUACAUUCGUCAAUGCGCGAUUAAUGUCAAUGUGAGGGAUUUGGCCAUCAUGGCCGCAACACUAAGCAAUGCGGGAGUUCAUCCAAUCACAGGCGAUCGCAUUAUCCCACAAGCAAGCGUUCGGCAAGUCCUAUCUGUAAUGACCACGUGUGGCAUGUACAACGCAGCCGGUGACUGGGUUUCCAAUGUCGGCAUACCGGCCAAGAGCGGCGUUGCCGGCGGCAUCAUUGGUGCCUUGCCCGGCCAAGUCGGCAUCGCCACAUUCUCGCCCAAACUGGAUGAGCGCGGUAAUAGUGUCAGAGGCGUCGCCAUUUGCGAAAAGCUGUCUCAAGACAUGGGUCUGCACAUGAUGGACGUCAGCCAAAUCGCCGGCGCCACUGUGUCUACAACGGUAGCUACCAUCGUUGCCGGUGACAAGGAGCCUCACCAUCCUAAUUGCGAGCGCGAGGUCAUUGUAUUUAGUCUCCGAGGGGCGGUGCGAUUCCCCGGUUCGGAGCGUCUCAGCCGAGCGCUUGUGCGUGAGCUCGGCGACCCCAAGCCUGGCGAUCCCGGUUCCGGCAAAUACUCCAACACAUGCGCCGUGGUAAUUUCACUUCGUGAUGUUUACUCGCUCAACACGGUUGCUCGACGGAUUCUGCAUGAGAGCGUCAAGCGACUCAUCGCAGAGGGGAGGACUGUAGUGGUCGUCGAUCCUGCCCAAGACCUUCAAAUGGACGACUCAGACAUUGCGAUACAGGGCAGCCGCCUUCGUGUAGUCAAGUCGGAGCAUGAGGCGCGCGACUACAUUGGUGGCGUUGGAUGCUCAACCGUCUUGAUCGAGGAUGAUUGGUGA